GGGCCGCGCGUCGGCCACUCUCCGCGGCAGAGCGGAGCUGAGCUGCGAGGCGUCGGCGCGGAGCAGGCGGGCCGGCGGGCGCAGGGCGGAGCGCGGGCGGCCGGGGAAGCUCUGAGGGCGACCGGCGGCGGCGAGCGCUCGGCCCGAGGCUGCAGGAGCCGGAGACCGCGGCUGCUGCUGCGGGAGGAGCCGAGGGGACACCGCCCCUGCCUGCGCCCUGCCUCAGGCCAUCGCUGCUCCCCGGGGGCCCGCGCUGACUCGCCUCCCUGAAGUGUCACGAUGUCUGACCGGAAGGCAGUGAUCAAGAAUGCAGACAUGUCUGAGGACAUGCAACAGGAUGCUGUUGACUGCGCCACCCAGGCUAUGGAGAAGUACAAUAUAGAGAAGGAUAUCGCUGCCUAUAUCAAGAAGGAAUUUGACAAGAAAUAUAACCCUACUUGGCAUUGUAUCGUGGGCCGAAAUUUUGGCAGCUACGUCACACAUGAGACAAAGCACUUCAUCUAUUUUUACUUGGGUCAAGUUGCAAUCCUCCUCUUCAAGUCAGGCUAGCUGGCCACAGUGAAGGUGUCAGUGGCGGUGGCAGCGAUGGCAAGCAGACGGCAUUGCUGGGACUGUUUUGCACUGGGGCCAGCAUCAGGAUGUCCUCUCCAAUGGCUGUGCUACUGCAUGGACUGUAUACUCGAUUUCAUGUGUAUGUCGCAGUAAACAAAACCAAACUUCUUUCUGUUUAGUUGCGUGGGGAAGAAAGCUGCUUAUGUUUAUUUUCAAGACUUUAAAGUUUUAUUUUGGUUGUAUUGCACUAGAAAAUCUCUCCCACCCUCCCCUUUUCUCUUCCUCUCCCUAAAGAAAAUAAAUAAGCCCUCAACAAUUUGUAAGACCAGGAGGGCUGAGGAAAAGAAACAGGUUUCUGGAGGUGGAACUGCAGCUGUGCAGCUGCCUCUUCCUGGUGGUUGAUGCUGCUUUGGGAGGGCAAAGGAGGCUGCAGGGGACAGUGUUAGGACUGUCCAGGAGAGGGGAAUAGGAAGCAGGGUGGGGAGAUUGAUCUAGUACCAGGGAGGAUAUUCCACUGAACUGUGAUUCCACGACUUGGGGCAAAGGGUAGGGUUGGAGGGUGGGCUGGUUACUUAAGGGGGCCCUGAGACGUGUUUGUCUCUGAUGUGUGGGAGUGAGGAGCAGACUUGUCUUGCUGUCUUUGUCAGGAGAGUUUGUAAGUAAGGGCUGUGUCUUUGUUGGGUUACCUGUUAUUCUUCCUGGGAGAGCUCAUGCUAGGAGGAUGUUGGGGCUAGGAUUAGCUUGAUUUACCCCCCCCCCCCUUUUUCAUUCUCUCCUGUCUGCUCCUUGCUUGGCCUUCAGUUUUCUCAUUCCUCUGGAGUUCUCUUAAAGCAGCCUUUUAUUAAUUGGCUGGCAAGAGAAUUUCUGGUAACUGUAGUUCUUGGUUAGGUCUUAGCACUCAAACCAAAUCAAUGUCUCCCUUGAUUCUCCUCUGUGUUUGUGUGUGUGUGUGUGUGUGUGUGUGUGUGUGUGUGUGUGUGUGUAUGUGUGUGUGUGUGUUGGUUGGGGUAGAAGGGGAGCAGGGCAGGACAGUGUGUGGAAUCUCUAGGAUAUGUAGGUAGAUAGGAUGCAGUUAGUUUUAACUGGGCUUAUAUGUUAAAAACUUCUGGGGGUGUGUGUUUUGGGGAUGAAGAUAAGUGUCAUUCCCCUCAGUCAUGCUUGCCAUGUGGCUGUCUGCUACCUGGAAGGCUUUAGGAAGAAUUACAACAAGAGUACCUUGCUGCCAUCUGCCUUGGAACCUGUAUCUUAAUGGCGGGAAAGUAACUUUAUGCUGCUUAUGAAAGGUAGGGAUGAAAGUGAUAAAGGGUUCUGAGAAGACAGGAGAACUUUGGAGGUAAAUCUUUCAGUGAUGAAGCUAGGUAUCAGGAGAUGGAGCUAGGCCACUAGUGGGAGGAGAUUCCAAGGAGAAUGCUGAGUAGUCUUGUCUGUUGAUCAAACAGGGAUGGGGUGGGGGAAUCAUUGCUGAGUGAGCUUCUGAUUCUUAUAAAUCACAUCCAAAACUCUUGUGUGUGUAGAGUUGACUCUGGGGUAGGGGUUGGGAUCCAGCUCUUUUUUUUUUUUGUUUUCCCUCCAGACUCCAUCUUUGGCGCUGGUGAGGAGGCAGGAGAAAGUGGCAAGCUUUCUUUUUGGUGAUGAUGGGAGGGUGGGGACUGGGACAGUGAAUGAGUUCCUUAUAUCAAACACUUUGGUGAGCAGAAGAGUAAUUGCUUGAGUUCAGUUUUUAUUAUUUUUUUAAAUGAAUGUCCAAAUAUGUGUUUCUCCUUGCUCUCCCAGACUUGUGUGGCCAGUUGGAAAUGUCUAGUUUGUGUUCAUCUCUCCCUCAUUCCUGGAGCAGGGGCUGAGACCCUUCCACAUCUCUUAUGCUCUGCAUCCAUGCCUAUUUUGGAGAUUAAAGGUUGAUUGAUGCA